CCACACCGACUUGUGCCUCAAAAAGAAAUCCCCUCUCGCUGUCAGGUCACCGUCGUUCGUUUUCAAUUGCAGCAACACUCCAAAUUAGGCCUCAACUCUGCUAUACCCAUUCACCCCAAUACAUUUUAUAGUCUAGUACUUAUCACCAACCAGUCAAUAUGAAGGCUAUCAUUCUCGUCGGUGGCUUCGGCACACGCCUACGGCCCUUGACUCUUACUAUGCCCAAGCCCCUAGUCGAGUUCGCCAACAAACCCAUGAUUCUACACCAGAUCGAGGCUCUAGCUGCUGUUGGUGUUACCGAUGUUGUUCUUGCUGUCAACUACCGUCCAGAGGUUAUGGAGAGAGUGUUGAAGGAGUAUGAGGACUCUCUAGGCGUAAAGAUCCACUUCUCUCUCGAGAGCGAACCUCUCGGAACUGCUGGCCCUCUCAAGCUAGCAGAAGAAAUUCUGGGCAAGGAUGACACGCCAUUCUUUGUCCUAAACUCCGACGUCACUUGCGAAUUUCCCUUCAAGAAGCUCGUCGAAUUCCACAAGUCUCAUGGUGACGAAGGUACCAUUGUCGUCACCAAGGUCGAAGAGCCCUCCAAGUAUGGUGUUAUUGUCCACAAACCGAACCAUCCCUCGCGAAUCGACCGAUUUGUUGAGAAGCCUGUCGAAUUUGUCGGCAACCGCAUCAAUGCUGGUCUAUACAUGCUGAAUACUUCAGUGUUGAACCGCAUUGAAAAGAACCGCCCUACCUCCAUCGAGCAGGAAACCUUCCCUGCCAUUGUCCGCGACGGUCAAUUGCACUCCUUCGAUCUCGAAGGUUUCUGGAUGGAUGUUGGUCAACCCAAGGACUUCUUGACUGGUACUUGCUUGUACCUUUCAUCCCUGGCAAAGAAACAGCCACACUUGCUUGUCUCACCGUCCGAGAGCUUCGUCCAUGGUGGCAAUGUCAUGAUUGACGAGACUGCCAAGAUCGGUAAGAACUGCCGCAUCGGUCCUAAUGUCGUCAUUGGCAAGAAUGUGGUGAUUGGUGAUGGUGUUCGUUUACAGCGAUGCACGCUCCUCCCCGGAUCCAAGGUCAAAGAUCAUGCCUGGAUCAAGAGCACUAUUGUUGGCUGGAACAGCAUCGUCGGCAAAUGGGCUCGUCUUGAGAACGUGACUGUUCUCGGUGAUGACGUUACUAUUGGCGACGAGAUCUACGUCAACGGUGGCAGCGUUCUUCCACAUAAGAGCAUCAAGGCCAACGUCGACGUACCAGCUAUCAUCAUGUAACCGACCCCAGCAAUUCCUAUUGCUCCUUUGAGUCGCUUCCACUUCAACUUUCGACCCUUCAUGUGUAUAUCUGGCACCUUUCACUCGUACGAUUUCAUAAU